AUGCUUCCCUUCAAACUCUCUCAUUUUUACACUGUUUGGAAUUUCACCACAUUGACAUGCCACGAAAUAGCUUCCAGAGACUUAAAAGAAUUAAUCGAUCAAGACACUUGGCUUUACUUCAACGUCGGUGGCUUCAGUGCGUCAAGUCAAAUUUGUAACGCUUCAAACAUCAACAUAUACGGAAUCCCACUUGGUUAUAAAACUCCCAAAACUUACUUUGUUAACAACGCAUUUCACUUCGAUGUUUAUACCAAGGCGUUUACAGUCAAUAAAGUCACCAUCACCCCACUCUCAGUGUCUGGUUUAACUAAUAGUAACGAAACUAUAAUCAAAACUAUUACCACACCAUUCAAUCUGACAGACGACGUUUCAAAGGUGACAUUUUACUUCUCUUCACUUCAGCACGAGGUACAUUCUUCUCAUGUAGUACUCGUAUACUCACCAACGUACUUCGUCUCUUUAUUCAUCCGAAAUUUUUUUGUGCUUUGCGUCGUUGGAAUUAUAUAUAUAGUUUAUUUAACUAAAAUGAAAACUAUAUUUGUGGCACCGAAUCACAGCGAAUUUUGGUUUGCGAUGCAACACCAGGGCUUCGCUGUAAUCACCGCGUUUAUAAUAACCUUUUUCUUGUACAUUUUUGUAUCAGAGAUCACAUUCAAAAGUCCAAGUCACUUUUUUAUAAUGAGUUAUAUUAUAGCGACACCAUUAUGUGGAUUUUUCUUGGCGUGUUUCAGCCAAAGUGUGUUAAAAUAUAAUAAAGUAAUUAUUUACAGUGGGACACUCCAAUUCGUUGUUCUGGUCAUACUUUUUAUAACGGACGUUUUUCAGGAAAAGGAAGAACAGAGGUACAACGUGUGGACGUCUGUGGUACUGUUAAGCGUUGGGGAGGUACUAGUGAAUGUAAUGAACAUGCUUUCGUUUUGCUAUUUAUUGAAAGAAGAAAAGAGUAGUGAAGAGAACAAAAGUCAAAGUAAUAUGUCGACGAGUUUCAUUUGGGGUGCUAUCUUACUGUCUUCAUGUGUUAUUGCGAAGUGUAGAGAUUCAUUAAUAUACUCGAUUGUUGUAUUACCACAUCAAAUAACAGUUUGUAAUUACUGGAAUGUUGGGUUCAAUGUUGUGAUGACUUUAUUCAUUGCGACGUAUUUGAAUACCAUCUUGAGGAAAAUAUUCUUACUUAACUCCACGUAUGCAGUCUACUUGUAUAGUCUAUCUUGUUUACUUACUGUUUUAUUCAAUAUAAUGUCUAUUGGAUAUAUCUCAUUUAGAGUGUUGAUAGACGUGAGUGUGACGUCGGUAUUCUUUUGCUUCGCAGAUACGUUUUUGUCGUUUUAA